GUACGCUGAGAUAGGAAAGGAUGACUUGGAGCAUAAAGCUGCGCUAUUGGCUGACGGCAACACAUACACUCUGACCAGAUUCAUGGUGUCGCUUGCCACACUAUUGUGGAAGCAGUGGCUGACAUCCAAGAUGGCUUUCUGGAGUUCGUGUACGACCCUAUUCCGUUUCUGGACCUCGCAGCCUAUGUGGGAGAGAACAAGCGCUUUAUAUUGUUGGGUCAUAGUGAGUGUCUCUGCUGCUGCAUUUCUCUGCAUUGCGCGCCAGCCAACUCUGACCACCAAACGCACUAUAGUCCUGGAAGACCACUUUUAUUUCAUUUUCUCUGUUCUUGAGGUUUAUAUAUGGUUCAAACUUCAAACAUAUUAAUUAAUCAACUCCAUUGAGGUGGCACUGAGAAAAUGAUUUAAAUGCUGGCCUCAUGCAAACAGAAGCUGGCUUGCUUCUGGAAAACUUGCUAGUUUCUUGGGGGGAACCUGACCUGUCUGUGGGUUUGUCCGUGUUUAUUUCAGAUGGUCCUCUCUGUAGUGCCCCUGUUUUCUACUAUGUAUGGGGCAUUUAACUCUGGGCCAGAAUCAUUGUUGACUAGUAAUAGUAAAACUUUGGAACUGUAAUUCUACUUGUGUGCUAGUUGUCGUAACAAACAAGCACAUUCGUUUAGUUACCGGUACUAUAUUUGGUUGAAUGAGCUCUUCUUUCCCCCUAAAUCUAGUUCUUCAUUUAUAGCCCUCAGCAUCAUGAAUCUGAAUUGUUUAAUUGCACUGUUUCCAGGUGCAUCAGUUACUUAAGUUCAUUGCAAAAUUUUCAAAACAUCCAAAUGGCAAGGUAUUGCUAUGGAAAAUGGGAAUUUCACGGGUUCUUAAUAAGUUGCUAAAGAACUGCAGCAACGCAUCUUACUUGGAAGAUAAAGCGAUCUCUGAAAGAGGAGCCUACAGAAGUGACCAACUUAUGCUCAAAUGGAGGAUUCCCUUAUUCAGAUGUCCCGCAUCUAUCUUCAGUGCCCAGCCAUCUGGCAAAGAGCAGACUGCUAUUGAAGAGUCCUCAGAGAAUGCUAGCGUUGAGGAGUGCUCUUCUAUCAUGCAUCACCUCUUGGUCUUAUGCCAGGCUCUCCCUAUAUUCCUUGACAGGAUUUUCAAUCCUGUUCUUGCAAUUAUAUUGUCAGUGACAUUUGUUCUUGCCUUUGGGGAGGUUAUACCUCAAGCAAUAUGUACCAGGUAUGGGCUGGCAGUGGGUGCUAGCUUUGUUUGGCUCGUACGCAUCGUCAUGUUCAUUGCCUAUCCUAUUGCUUACCCUAUUGGGAAGGUAAAUCAGCAAAGUCACAUUACUCAAUAGAAAAGUGUUAAUUUGUACUGUAUCAUAAUCGUUUGAAGCUUAUCCAGUGGCCUAGAUUUUGAAUUCCAAUGAAUUAGACUAUUAUUAUGAGGCCUGGGCUCACUGCUCUUUGGUGCCAUUGUUGAUGGACAAGGUCAUGAAGUGAUAUUUUGGUUACACUUCUCUAAUUAGGAGAUUUUGGUAA